AUAUCUUGUAUACUAUCUUAGUCUCAUACAGUGGAGUCUGCGCGUGUAAAUAUUAAGUUACGCGUUGUUUGAUUGAGUAUCGCAUUUUAAUUUUUUUUGACGGAAUCGAACUUGUUAACGGAACGAAUCACAAAAUGAAUGACAAGUAAAAUGUGCGGUUGUUGAGUGUGCUGAUUGCCGCUGUUUGGCGUCCAAGCAUGCGUAAUACAAUAUACACGUGGUGCGAAACUCUCGAACACUGCUCCGCUUGAACCAUGACUCCUGCGCAGGCUGUGGUCAGACACAAAAAAGCAGACUGGGAAGACAUAGUGGGCAGGAGUGCAGGACAAUAUUGCGCAACUUCGAUGCACCGAGGUGAAUCGUACGUCUACUCCACGUACUGCUUCCGUUGCUCGAUUGGCGACGAUUCUCUGACGGCCAUUUACUUGUUUCGGCUGCACGACGGUACACUAGUAGAGAACCAGCGGACCGUGACUGACAAUUUGCGUAGAGACAUUGACAACAUCUUUGUCUGGACGAGAUGCGUUAGAAAGUCAAGAUCAACGGUGCGAAACACACUUCGGAAUACAAUCCAGUACUGCCUGGAUCGUCGCGUAAAUACGGAUUCAGAAAGAUGUCUGGUACAAACGUACGCAAACCGCGCAAACGUCAUUGGACUAUGGUAGUCAUCGUUUAAACACCAUUUUGGACUCGUACCUAUCACACAACUAUAGGGUUGUGCUCGUAUGUAAUUCCAGUACCGCGAUCACGAAAUGGCGUCAAAAUAUCGAUUUUUUCUGAGAUUAUCGUUUCAUUUCAUAUCGUAAAUAAUUUUUUUAUAAUCUCACAUAGUAUAAUAUUUUACUACGCCACCUUAGAACAGAGUAAUUCGCAUUUUAUGUUUGCUGACUUGUUGUUAUAACUGUUCGCUAAAUGUCUUCAUUAUGUUUAAAAAUUUUACAAGAGUCGUAAUAAUUACUUUUCUAUUUGGUAUGUGUGCUUUAGUAUUUUAUUGAAAAAUCAUUUAAAAAAAGUGAGCUUAACCGUUUAAACAACGAAGCAGAAAAAUACAUUUUAUUGUA